AUGUCAAAUAUUACAGGUGAUGUUGAAGAAGGCAGCUUCUCUUCAGGGAACAAUACUGGGGAGCUAGAAGUUCAUCAAGAAAACCAGCAGCAAAACCACUUGCAAGGGUCUGGCUCCGGAGGCGCUUCUGGUGCCCAGAGCAACAGCAAUGGUUCUGUCACUCAACAGCAGCAGCAGCAGCAGCAGCAGCCUCCACUUAAGAAGAAGAGAAACCUUCCAGGAACUCCAGGCAAAUAA